UUGGAGAGAGAGAGAGAGAGAGACUGAGACUUCUUUACCUCAUUGAAACCAGCUUGCCUCCAAGGGAAGUCAAUCCCUCUCAGUUCCUUCCAGUGGAGCACAGCCUCCUCCAGUCCUGAGAAGGGCUUGAAACACACACUUCCAAAGCUUCAGUCUGCUGGCAGAAAGGAAGAAGAGAAACUGAGGGGAGGAAGAGAGAAAAAAAGAAGGAAAGAAGGGGAUUUAAAGGCAGCAAGAGAGACUAGGCGGCUGGUGGUUAAGGGAACAAGCCAGUCCCAGGUGAAGAUUCCAAGGACACAAACCUGACCCAGAAGCCUGGCAACCCUCACUAUGGAGCAUAUCCUCCUCCUCUUCCUGGUGCCACUCCUGGGACUGGUGAACUGUGACAGGCCAUUUGUGCAGAGAGGCUUCUGGGACUUCUCCAUGGAUGAUCCUAACGUCCAAGAAGAGGAAGAGGCUUCAGGGAUCUUCCCAACUUCAGGAGCAGCUGAAAGCGAAGAAACUUUCCCCUUCUACCCGGGACUCUGUCCAUUUGGCUGCCAUUGCCACCUAAGGGUGGUGCAGUGUUCUGACUUGGGUCUCAAGGAAGUGCCAAAGGAGAUCUCACGGGACACCAAACUGUUGGAUCUACAGAACAACCAGAUUACUGAGCUGCGUAAAGAUGACUUUAAAGGGCUCCACCACCUGUAUGCACUGGUGCUAGUAAACAACAAGAUCUCCAAGAUCCACCCAAAGGCUUUCAGCCCCUUGCAUAAACUGCAGAAACUCUACAUCUCCAAGAACAACCUGGUGGAGAUCCCACCGAACCUGCCCCCAUCUUUGGUUGAACUCCGUAUCCAUGAUAACAAAAUCAAGAAGGUCUCCAAGGAUGUGUUCAAUGGGCUGAAUAACAUGAAUUGCAUUGAAAUGGGUGGGAACCCCCUGGAAAACAGUGGAUUUGAACCUGGUGCCUUUGAUGGCUUAAAGCUGAACUACCUGAGAAUCUCAGAAGCAAAGCUCACUGGUGUACCCAAAGAUCUGCCUGAAACCUUAAACGAGCUGCAUCUGGAUCACAACAAGAUCCAGGCCAUUGAAUUGGAAGACCUGAUCAGCUACUCCAAAGUUUACAGAUUGGGUCUGGGACACAACAACAUCAGGAUGAUUGAGAAUGGCAGCCUGGCUUUCCUGCCUAUCCUACGCGAGUUGCAUUUGGAUAACAACAAGCUGUCAAAGGUCCCUCCUGGACUGCCAGAUCUCAAGUUUCUGCAGGUUGUAUACCUUCACUCCAACAACAUUACCCAUAUUGGUGUCAAUGACUUCUGUCCUGUUGGCUUUGGGGUGAAGCGUGCCUCAUACCAUGGCAUCAGCCUUUUUGCCAACCCAGUACCCUACUGGGAAGUGCAACCAGCUACUUUCCGCUGUGCCACUGAUCGCUUGGCUAUUCAGUUUGGCAACUACAAAAAAUAAAUAUAUGUAUAUAUAUAGGAGGAUUAUGGGGGAGGGAGGGGGAGGGAAGAAUGAAAGGGGAAAAGAAAUCGAAUGGGGAAUUUGAAGUGGGGGGGGGGGCAGAAGGAGAGUAAGGAAGUAAAAACAAUUCUAUAGAUGAGAGAGUCAUGGGGAAGACCAUAUGCAGAAAGAAUAGUCAGAGCCUGAUAAAGACAGCUGCCAGCCAGCUAAUGCCCAGGGAAAAGGAAGGGUGGGGGAGUGACACAGAGCCAUUGGCACAAAGGUAAAUAGGUACAGAUCUGACCAGAUUUUUUUAUCAGCCUGCAUUAUAAUAGUCCUGCAUUUGAAAUAUACUGAUUCUGGUAGACAAACAAA